AUGCCGUUUGGAUUGAAAAACGCCGGAGCAACCUACCAACGCCUAGUAAACAUGAUGUUCACGGAUCUGCUCGGCAAAACCAUGGUGGUCUAUAUAGACGAUAUGCUGAUGAAACUAAACCCGACGAAGUGUACAUUCGGAGUAACGUCUGGGGAAUUCUUGGGGUACAUCGUCACUGAACGGGGAAUAGAGGCAAAUCCCAAGCAGAUCGAAGCCAUACUAGGACUCCCGUCACCGACCAACAAGCGAAAAGUACAACGCCUGACUGGCCGGAUCGCUGCUCUAAACCGUUUUAUCGCCCGCUCAACGGACAAGUGCCUCCCCUUUUACCAACUUCUUCGCGGAAAUAAGGAUUUCCACUGGGACGAGGAAUGCGAGAUCGCCUUUCGUCAGUUGAAGGAAUAUCUGACCUGUCACCCAGUUUUGGUCAAACCGGAGGACGGCGAAACACUAUAUCUCUAUGUCUCGGUUUCCAGUUCAGCAGUCAGCGGGGUGUUAGUCCGAGACGAUCGCGGAGACCAGAAGCCCAUUUUCUACACAAGCAAAUCACUAAACGACGCAGAAUCACGAUACCCCACGCUGGAAAAACUGGCUCUCGCAGUGAUCGUAGCAGCACGAAAACUGCGACCCUAUUUUCAGUCGCAUUCUAUCGUCGUGUUUACUGACCAACCACUCCGAACUAUCCUUCAUAGCCUUCUCCAAUCCGGACGCAUGGUGAAAUGGGCAGUCAAACUCAGUGAGUACGACAUCGAAUACCGUUCUCGCCCAAGUCUGAAGUCGCAAGUCCUGGCUGACUUCAUCACCGAACUAUCGCCCGAGCUUGACGACCCCACCUCCGCAGUGGAGCAAUGGACAAUGUUUGUCGACGGUUCGUCAACAAAUCAAGGAUCCGGGGUCGGACUCAUACUCCGAUCCCUCAUCGGAGAAAUCCUCGAACAGGCGUUGAAGCUCAAUUUCAAAGCGUCGAACAACGAAACCGAGUACGAGGCUGUUCUCGCAGAACUCCGGCUAGCCCUGGGGCUUGGAGUCAAACACCUGCAGGUCUUCUGUGACUCUCAACUCGUAGUCAGUCAGUUCAGCGGCAAAUUCGAUGCCAAAAACAAGCGAAUGGGGGCAUAUCGACAGGUUGUCCGCACGUUAUCUGGCGAAUUUACGUCUUUCUCCCUGACAAAGGUCCCACGGAACGAGAACGCAUCAGCUGACGCCCUCGCAGCUCUGGCGAAUCGCUCCGACCCCAAGUUACGACGUACCAUUCCAAUUGAAUGCAUCGAGGCUCCUAGCAUCGAUCCGGACAGCCAAAUCGCCCUCAUCAACGACGACCCAAUCCUCAUGGAAGUCGACGAGCCAAUAGAAGACAUGGCGGACAUCACCGAGCCUCCCGAGGAUUGGCAACUCGAGAUCAAACUUUACAUCUCCGAUGGCACCGUCCCGGCAGACCAAUGGGCGGCUCGACGACUGAAGGCUCGAAGUGCCAGGUACAUCCUGUUGGACGGAGAACUAUUUCGCCGGAGUGCGUCGGGAGUGUUUCUUACCUUUGUUACUCAGGACGAGGCCGAACGCAUCAUGAUGGAAGUGCACGAAGGCGAGGGUGGCAAUCAUUAUGGCGGACGCGCACUUGCUCUCAAAAUCAAAAAGGACGGACAUUAUUGGCCUACCAUGAUGGCUGAUUGCCAAACUUUCGCGGCGAUAUGCGAAGCUUGUCAUCGCCAUGGGCCAAUGCGGCACGUCCUGCCCGAACUACUAAACACCGUCACUGCUCCGUAUCCCUUUAUGCGCUGGGCCAUGGACGCCAUAGGACCUUUGCCGGCAUCCAAAUCCAAGAAGUAUGUCCUGGUGCUGACCGAUUACUUCACCAAGUGGGUGGAGGCAGAAUAUUUCACAAGGAUCCAAUCCUUAGACGUGACCAAUUUCAUAUGGAAGAACAUCAUAUGUCGCCACGGACUCCCAUACGAGAUUGUCACCGACAACGGUACCCAAUUCACUUCGAUGAUCACCAGACGCUUCCUGAUGAAAUGGCAAAUCCGUCUCAGCACUUCGACCCCUCGAUACCCGCAAGGCAAUGGUCAAGCCUAA